UUGGAUAGCAAAUAGGCAGUUUAAGCAGUGUUGUCGUCAGUCUAGUCAAUGCGGCGACAGAGGAACGUUCUUCUCGUGUCACUUCUAACAUCCUCGAAUUUUAUAAAAUGGAAGAUACAUAAGACGUAUAUUUAAAUGUCAGAUCGUCAGAUUAAAAAAAGAUUUAUCACUUAAUUUUUGAAUCAAUUUUACAAGAAUAUGAUAUAAAAUGAAUAUGACAGAUGAAUAUUUGUUAACCGAAUUUAACGAGCAAGAAUUGUAUCGAUGGUUGCACGAAAAUUUUAAUUUAACUAAUUUAUCUGCUCUACCCAGUGAUAUGUUGAGUCAAUUUCAAUACAAAUGGCCACAUCCUUACUACGGUGAUCAAUUAUAUUUCUUCAGAAAUCGUUACAGCGAAGUUCAUGGUUAUUUAAGUCUUCUUGUCUGUACUUUUGGUAUUGUUGCUAACGUACUUAACAUUAUUGUUUUGACACGUAAACACAUGAUCUCACCAACGAAUGCCAUACUAACAGGAUUGGCGGUUGCCGAUAUGUUUGUUAUGAUAUCUUACAUGCCCUUUGCUUUUCAUAAUUAUAUUUUAAUAAAUCAACCGGAUCAUAAAAAAUAUUCUUAUCACUGGGCCGUAUAUGCCUUAUUUCAUGCUCAUUUUAGUGUAGUUUGUCAUACAAUAUCGAUAUGGUUAACGGUAAUUCUGGCAGUUUGGAGAUUUUUAGCUGUCAGUUUCCCUGCCAACAGUAAAAGUUGGUGCAAUAUGCCACGUGCAAAGAUUGCUAUUAUUAGUACUUAUGUCAAUUGUACAGUGUUUUGUUUACCUGUAUAUUUAACAUUUACCAUACAUUCCCUAGAAGACGGUUCUCACGUAUUAUACAAAGUCGAUUUUAGUUCAAUAGCAAAAAAGAACGAUAGAUUAUUAGAGAAAUUUAAUUUUUGGAUUUUUAGCGUACUUACUAAAUUAAUUCCUUGUAUCGCAUUAACAGGACUGAGUAUAGGACUAAUACGUGUUCUGUACGAAGCAAAUCGUCGUAAACAGAAACUGAAGAAUCGUAUAGAAGCAGAUAAUGCCUGUGAUCGAACUACAAAAAUGCUUUUAGCGGUACUUUUAUUAUUCUUGAUUACCGAAUUUCCAUCGGGAAUUCUUGCCUUACUUAAUGGAAUUCUCGGACAAGACUUCUUUCAUCACGUCUACAAUAAUUUUGGAGAAGUAAUUGAUAUUCUGGCACUUAUUAACAGCUCAGUGAACUUUAUUCUCUACUGUUCAAUGAGUAGGCAGUUCAGAGAUACUUUCGCCAAUCUCUUCACCCCUAAACUAGUUUCUAAAUGGAUAGCCGUACCUACAGAUUCUAAUACUUGCGCCACUACUUGCGUUUAAAAAUAUUAUUUAAUUAUUCAUAGAUUAUUUAUAUAAAUUAAGUAUUAAAUAUUAUUUGUAAAAUAAUUAAAUAAAGUGGAUAAUGUGAUGCUGAGUCCUUACUUCGCCGGCUGAUCGAUGCCGGAGGGGCUCCGAAGUUCGAACUUAAUGUCACGUUUAUCAUUGUAAUUAUUAGUGAAAUAAAUAU